GUGUUGAACGAUAAUAAACUUUUUUUUCCCGAGCUCGCAGUAUAGCGUCACACCGCCGCCUGAAAGCAUCAUCAGUUGCUAGGUAACGUUUUGGUCUGAUGGAGCUUACAACUUUUUUUUUGAGCCACUUUUUAAUUCUUUUUUUUUUUUCUAGUUUAUUUCAUGUCUUAUUCUAUUUUUUUUUUCCGAAACAAGAGAUGGCAGAAAGCAUGCAUUAGUUGAAACUGGAUUUAUUGGAAUCGAUGGAGUGAAAAUAAUUCCUUGCCAGCUUUGAUUAUAGCUAAGAUAUAGUUGUAAGACAUGAAUAACUUCAAAUAGCCUUUGACGGUGUCUUAAAGACUAUGAGAAUGGAUUGCAAGAUGCAGAGAUCGUCAUCCCAGAGUGAGAAAUGAAUGCUCCACGCUUAGAACGUUAGUUCAAGAGAGCGCCAUGGGAGCAGCAUGUUCCUUUGUAGAAAACUCACACCAAGUUGUCUUUCAAAAAAGAAAAUCUAAAGAUGUCGCCAGUCUGAAUACGUUGAAGGCCGAAGGUCGACCACGGAAGCGGAGUACUACAUCAUCAAGUGAAGUCAAUUUUAAGGUGCAACCCAAGGAACUUCUGUCCAGCCCGACCACUACAGUGAAAGACGGUGUGAAUCAAUCAGAAGAGGAAAAUGAAAUAACAACAGAGGAUGACACGAUGCAAGAAGCUGCAGUCGAGAAUUUCUCCUUGAAGGAAGUGACAGCCGAAGCCAAUAACGACAACCCUGUUACAGACGUUAAAGCUAACGAACCUGUUAUUGAACCAGAGCAAUGGAAAAUACCGCCGAGAUUGUCGUUCUUGACGCUCGACUUGCAAGAACUUCUUCUGGGCCAUCCAGCAGAUCUGAGCAGGCUGAUGGAGCCAUUGAGAGUCAUACGUCUCAAGGUCAUAGCUCCAGGAGAAGAUUGUAUGAAAGAGAGGCUCAUUUUGUGGGAAAACGUCUUCUCUUCCCUGCGGCUGUCUUGUGCUAUGCAAGGCUACGUGUUGGACAUUGUAGAUGACCUGUGGUCAAGCUCUAACUUGGACAAAGCCUACGCUCAUUUGUACUCACAGACGUUUUCCGACGAUACGGACGACGCUGUCCAUUUGCUGGAUGGAUUAGACGUGGACACUGCUGACAUCCUUCUACUGGUUUUGGCAGAAACCUUCAAACCCCGUCUCCCUCUGUCACUGUCUCACGAGGACUACACUCUGACACUCGUGUCCCUGCCAGACUCCUCCACGACGGCACUGUUCCACGACCUCUACGCUAACAACGAGAACCGGAUCCCGCCAGCUUAUGAGCUCAAGCACCACGUGUUGGUCAGACAAGACGAGGUCAAGGUCGGCAGACUGACGGAACUGAUGAUGGAGAUCUUUAGGCGCGAGCAGAAAGACCUGCAUCUAUUUCUUACUGACUAUUGCCAGCAAAUCAAAACUGUCCUGCAAGACUCGCCAGAUCUACUUCAACGUUGUGUCCUACUUAUGAGGUCAAGUGAUGCAGCUGUGCCCUCUGGUGGGGAUGACGUUUACGUUGGUGCCUUGUACAGCAGCGGGGAUCAUGACCAGAUGGCUAGUAUGGUAAUGGCGGUCAAGAAUGAAUGUCCUCAAACGAAUCAAAUUAAGUACACGUUUAUUCCCAUCAAGACCGAAGCUCCACAAACCAUCGAAGACGUAGCUAACUCUUCAAGUCUGCUGAAGAUGAGCCAAAAGGUCAAGGAAAGGUUAGAGGCCAUAGUUCGCAAAGUUAUCGAGGUCAAGAGCUCUGACGCGAAAGUUAUUGCAACAGGUGUUCCACGUAAUCUGAUCGAAGAACUAGUAACUCAGGCCAAGCACUACCAGCGACUGACUGGCGUAAUGCCUUUGUUUGAGAGCCCCACCCUCUCCAGCCUCCAAGACUAUCUGAGUCAUGUGUCAGAGAUGCCCAUUGUGAUGUACGCCGACCCUGGAUGGGGGCUCAGCACCCUUGGGUCCCAGUUAGUGAAACUGUGUGUGAACUCGUUGCCCACUACUGUGAUUAUCUACAGAUUUAUUGGAAUAAGCCCUGACAGUAACUCCCUUCUGGCCACUUUGCUAUCCAUCAAACAGCAGUUAGACGUCAUGCUUGGGCUUAACCCCCUCAGAGGACAGGAGGAAACAAAGGAGCCCCUGAUAGAAAGUUUACUGAAGGACAUUGUCUUUAGAAGCUCCAAACAACUUCCGAUGUUGAUAAUAUUGGAAGGGUUGUCAUUGUUGUCUGGUCAGAUGAAGGAGCUGGAUAUAAUGGUUUUGUCAGAAAUGCUUCCGGUCACCACAAAACUACUUAUUCUGACUUCCGAUGUGGACGCUGCUAGAGGGUUGCGAGCAAAGAUGAAAGAUGCGUUUUACGUCAAAGCUGUUGAUUGGGAACACGAAGUCGUAAUGGAAUUGUUCAACAGUCAAAUGGCCAGGAGUAGAAGAAGUUUAACCGAUUCUCAGAAGGCUCUGGUCAUCUCUUCUAUUCAGAGCUGCCCACUUCCUAUGUAUGCCAUCAUGAUGUCUAGACUAGCUGUGACCUGGCGAGGGCUGACAGAAGUGAGCAAUGAAACUCUCCCAACAACGCUUGAAGGCAUCCUCGACCAGGUGUUUGAGACACUCGAAAAGAUCGUUCCAUCCGACUGCUUCACGGCCAUGAUGGCUUAUCUGACUGGCUCCUUAGGGGGGAUAGCGCCCUGGGAAAUGCUGGACUUGCUCUCCGUCAACGACUCCGUUCUGUUGUCCGUGUACUCGGAUGUCAACGAUCCACCCAUUCACAGAUCUCCGACCAUCUUAUGGAGUUUUGCUUCCAACUAUCUGAUCCCGUUUCUAAGCAUCUUCCAAUCACGAGACUUCCUUCUUUACACUUGGAGCAGCAACUGCUUGAGGAAAAGUGCCACUAACAGAUACAUCAGUAGCCCUGUCACGAGCACAAUUUUGCACAGGGAGCUGAGCGACCACUUCCAAGGCCGUUGGUCAAACAAAAAGAAACCGUUUCCAGACCCUGAAGAGGAAAUCGAGCUCCUCCAGGACCGCUUCAUUAUUUCUCAGCCUGACCAGUAUGGACAUCACUUUAAUGUUCGAAAGUUUAUGUGCCUCCCAUUUCACCUGGUAAGGAGCAAAACCAAGAAUGCUGUCGCUCUAGAAAAGUGCAUAUUUCACCUGCCCUGGGUGCAAUGCAAGCUGGAGGCCGUGUCCGUCCUGCAGGUGGUCUGCGAUCUGGAACUAGCCAAGUCUAUGGAGACAUCCUCGACGAAGGUUAUCCAGCAGAUGCAGCAGGCGAUAGUGUUGAACUCUAGCAUUCUUCAUGUUGACUGUAGGGAAAUCUAUAAAUAUCUCAAGCCUCUUCUGACUAACAAGACCAGCAGCUCCGAAGAAGAGAGCUCCAAUGCUUUGAACGUUAAAAAUAACGGACUAGUCAAGUUUUAUGCCUGUCUGACUAAUCCGUCGAGAUCGCUUCUGCAUCUUCUGGAUGAGAUCUUACCACCAUCUUACAAUAACACGUUUCUUUCCCCACCAGUGAUUGACGCCAUUGUCCCCGUGGCAGGAGAUGUUCAUGUGGCGGCAGUGCUCAGGUCGGAAGGGGAAAUCAAAAUCUUCAACACUGUUACUAACGUUUGUGUUCGAACAUUAACUGGAGCCGACUCCCCUCAGUCUCUUGUGAUGUUGGACUUUCCCAAAGCUGUUGUUCUGUGUAAUAGGGAGCUCUACGUGAUGGAUUUGGACGAAGGCAAAAUUGUUUCCAAACUAAGGGGUGUUCUGAACUUAAUGAAGCCUUUUUUCGGGUUGCAGAAUAAGAACAGAGUCGUGGUUCUGUCUCGGGAUAGAAUGGUGGUGAACAUUUUGAAUAUUGAGACCGACAGUAUUGUGGCAUCUUUUAAGGCAGGUGAGGCCCGGUUUCUGGACAGUCUAAUCCUGAGUGCUGACGGCAGCACUCUUGUGUGUGGGGACGAAACACAGAAACCUUUCCCGCUUCUGGUCUGGAGCCUGGAGCACUGUAAGCUUCUCCAUGACAUCCGAGUACCACAGCACGAGUUCCUGACCCAUCUGGCGGACAUAUCACCUGACGGUCACUACCUGAUAUGUGUUUGUAGAGAAGUGAACAGUUCAGAGUCUGGUUUUGUGGCUCUCUGUGACCUUAACACUGGACAGCUCUACAAAAAAUUUAAGACAGAAGCUUCCUGUACUGCAUUAGCCAUAGCUUCUAAAAGUCUGGCUGCAGUGGUGGCACUAGACACUGGUCAACUGUCUGUCUGGGACAUAGUGUCAGGUGACCAUAAAUUUGUGAUGGAAGGUCCAAAACUAAGCAUCGAUACUUUAGUUAUAACUCCCAGUGGUAAGUCCUGCUUGACCUACUGCAGACAAGAUGGCUCCAUCAGUUCUUAUACAUUAUGUCUUUGGGACCUGGAACAAGGUGAAUUUGUGGCCAGCCAUACAUUUCAGAGUCCUAUUACAAGUGCAUACAUUACAUCUGACAGUCGCUUGGUCCUCGCAGGGGUCAAGGGUUAUGCCUGCCCCAUGAGGUUGAUGCUGGUCCCUGCAGGUUCCACCUUGGCGAGUGUCAAGUCGAAGUGGGAGCUGGAGAAAGAUGGCGAACACGUCUGCUUUGGUGAGGAGUCAAGACAAGGGACCAUGAUCAACUUGGCUAUGGGUGCUGAUUGAACAAAAAAAAUAUUAUUUUGUUGUUUUUAAUACGAAUUUUUUAUAUGAUGUCUGUGCUGUCCAAGAAGUAUCACGCAGAGCAUUAUGAAUAUAUCGCAAAUAUGAAAGAUAGAGGCGAAAUGGCGCCAUCUCUCGGAUUUACCACAUCGCAAUACUCAGGAGAUGCACAGGGCCUUAUCCUUAAAGAGGGUCUAAAUAUUUCAAAAAAAAAAUAUCUUUAAGCAAAAUAUGCAUAUAUAUAAAUGCAUAAGAAUAAAUGGCAAUAAAAUAAAGUGAAUAAAAGUACUUCAACUCUCAAACCGUAAUAAUGCAUGCUUUCAGAUGUAUUAGUAUCAUUAAGAACAUUUAAAUCAAGCAUGAAGAAGGUAGAUCCUUAUGAAAUCGGACACUGCUUGGGAAAAGUGCAAGUAUCGCAAUUCGGACACUGCUUGGGAAAAGUGCAAGUAUCGCAAUUCAAUUCAAAUAAGUUUAUAAAUAAAGAUAAUACAUUUCAAUACAUUGUGGUUAUAAAGGGACAGCCUCAUGCAUAGGCAAACUAGGCAGCCACUUGGGGCCUCGCACAGGAUUCUAGACAAUUGUUUUAGAGAAGGAAUAGCGAAACUUUUCUUGUUGGAGUACACUAGGUUUUUAAUCAAUUGCUUAAUUGUAGCGUUUUCGUUUUUUUUUUUUCUAUUUCAUUUGGGGCCACCAAAUUCACUUCGUCUAGGGCCUCCAAUUGGGUUAUGUGUUGACAAUGGGACAUGUCAUUGGUUAUUUGAAUUAAUGAUAAUAAUUGUAAAUAUUGUAGAGUUUCGGGCAUUUUUCUCGCUUUUGCUGUAAAGAUAACAGUUUAUAACAAAACAUGUUAUAAGUUUAGAUUGUUAAUUCUUCAAAUGGUGUUCUAACCUAAUGACAAUGUCUUCGAUUCGUUAUUUAACCUGUUUAAGAUUUUUAAAAAACAAUCAACAGUUUUAGUACCGCUUUUACGACUUUUUAAAGUAGACCAUACAAAAGUGUCUACUAUUUGUCUAUAAGGCUAUAUUUUAGCUCUUUAUUUUAUGACAUACAUAAAAAUCUUACAGAAGCUUUUUGAUUUGGAAUAAAAUAUAUAAAUUA